GAGAAGCAGUCUGUUUGGUUUCGUUCGGUGUCAAAAAGUUACACAAGCAAGGGCGAGAUUUUACAACAGGGGCUGUUUCACAACUGUGGACAAGUCGCCACGCCUUUGCUGUCCUUCCAUCUCUACCGGGGGAGUUCGCCUGAGAACAGGAAGCUUUACACCUCCGAGUCCACGCGCGCCGUGUACCCUCCUGGCGUCAGUUCAACACGUUUUCCGCUUCUGGAUUGAAAGAGCAACCGAUCAAAACAAACAAGCGCCUUUUUUUGGGGGUGGGGGUCGGGGGGGGGGGGGGGGGGGGGUUUGGGGGUGCUUUCAUGGGCAUUUGAUUUUGUGGAGCUUCUGUAACAAAACAAACAGGUAGGCAUCACAUUGGCCGUCAACCCUUCGUUCACCAACUAAGAGGGUUUCGGGGCCAUGGAGCUGAGCUCGGUCCUUCUCACCACCGGGGGAUCCUACGGAUUCUUCCGAUUUAUCAACACCGGAGUGGACAGACUACCUGUGCCGGAAGCUGCCCGCAGGAACACGUUUAAAUGGAGAAACAUCUCCACGUCCUUCGUGCACAGCCUCGUCACCGCGAUAUGGGCAGUGCUUUGCUUUUUCCUGCAACCAGAGAUGGCCGAAGAUUUGAUAGAGACACAUUCAGUGUUUUCUCAUGCACUGGUGUCUUUUUCAAUUGGUUACUUCAUCUAUGACCUCUUUGACAUGGUGACGUACCAGAAGUUAAGUCAGUUCUGGGAGCUUGCCUUGCACCAUAUUGUAGUGAUCACCUGUUUUGGCCUGUCUGUGCUAUUGUACCGCUACGUGGGUUUCGCCGUGGUAGCCCUGUUGGUGGAGAUCAACUCUGUAUUCCUCCACCUCAGGCAGAUCCUGCGCAUGGCCAACCAGGCCGCCAGCACCGUCUACCGGGUCAACAGCAUGAUCAACCUGGGGACCUACGUGGUGUUCCGCAUCAACACCCUGGCCUGGAUGACCCGCUGGCUGGUGCUCAACAGAGACAAGGUGCCCCUCUUGGCCUACACUCUGGGCAGCGUGGGCCUGGCCAUCAUGACAGUCAUGAACAUCAUCCUGUUUUACCGGCUGCUCAGGAGUGACUUCCUGAAGAGCAGCACUCGGGAGGCCAAGAAAGACAAGGAAACAUAAGAGAGAAUUCAUUUUGGCACCAUGUUAGAUUUGGUACGUUUAUUUCCGCUUUUGUUGUUGAUUGGCCUCACUGACAGCUGCAUUUCUCUUCUCCUUUUCAUACUAACGCUACACUAUUGCAUCACUACACAGGCUGACUGGGUGUUCCAAAAUGUAGCUUAUGGUGAGUGAAGCUCACAAGCAUCUCCAUAGCAACACUUCAUGGCGUUAAUGUAUAUCAUCGUAUAUGUAACGUAUGGCUUUGGGUUCCAUCACCACUGAAUGAAUUAAUCAAUCAAAUCUAAACUUUAUUUAAACUAGUCAUGCAUUUUUGUGAGAUUAACUUCAAGCCACUUACUACCUCAGAAAGCUUUCAACACAUUUGCCUCUGUCAGAAAGACCAUUGUUAAUCAUUGUCAAAUGUGGCACAACCAAUCCACAUAUUAAGGGUGAUCUUCCCAUGUGUUAAUAUAUUUGGCCCAUGCACAGUAACUGAAAAAAAUAUGAGUAGUGUUAUUACCAGUAAAGAUCUCAAAUGAGCUACAUAAACUGCCCCUUUGUAUAUCCAAAUGUUCAAAUCAAGCAGCCAAGUGUCACCACUUUUGUGAGCUCACAAGAAACCUGUGAAAUAGUCUAAACUAAGCAUUUCUGGAUGUAUUUUGCUGUGUUGCUGCAGUUAUCAGCCUUAUGGGAACUGUUAUUCUUAUAAUGGCCUUUAGAGGACAGUACACUCGGUAAUUACCUCAGUGAUUUCGGAGACAGAUGUUAUGCCCCCCCGCCCACACACACACACACACACACACUUUCAAACAGUUCCCAGAUGUCUCAAUAAAAGGUCUGUCCGAUUCUGUCAUUAAACUACACAAAGGAUAAAGAAUUAUAGGCAGCACACACAAUAAUGAUCAAUGUCACAUUGAUCAUUUGAAUACAAAUUCAAAUAUUUGAAUACAAACAAUAAAAUAAAAUUCGAAUUUGUAUAUGUCCGCUUUAAUGAGGCAGGAAGAGAGGUUUCUUAAUUGUGUGGAGACCUGCGCUAUUAUCUCUUUUAAUGAGUGAUCGAUGCCUGGUUGUGAGGUUAAUGUUGGAAUAAAAACAUCUGAGAGCUAUGAAUACGGUGACCAAGCUCUGGAGCGAAUAGUGAAAAUCUGUCAAUAAUUACCCCGAACAAGGUAUGCAAUUGUGUGUACAUGCCACAAGAUGGCAGCAAAGCACUUAAAACAGGAUCAUAAAGCAUCAACAGCAUGCUUCUCGAUGGUACACAAUCAUGAACUCAUGUUACAUGUUACAACUUUCAGUAUUUAAAUUAUUCAACACAAAACACCUUCACAUUUGACUCAUCAAUAGUGUUAGUUAGCAUCCAGCUGUCCAUUUUCUACCGCUUAUCCGAGAUUGGGUCGCAGGUGCUGCAGUUUAAGCAUCAGGAGAAAAGCAGAAACACUUUUGACUCACUUUUGACUGUGCACGUGGUGCAUUUAUGGACCGCCAACAAAACGACAUCUCAAAUGCAGUCAAAAAACGCAUCAAUGAAUUAAAUCUAACAACAACAACAACACCAUUCUACCAUCAGAUGGCGCUAUAGUAAUAAGCUAAUUGCUUUGACUUGAGCACAAAAACAGCAAGUAGUUGAGAUUUUCAGCAAAUGGAGGAUCUAGGUUCCACCAAAAAGUGGUCGAAUUCACGAAUAUAUGGGAGUUCACUGUACUGCAAACAGUCUAACACACAUAGGUGCGCACAGUCUUUGACACAUCACAGUUUAUUUGUGUUUAUAUUUUUUUGUCAAUUUUUAUUUUGGGGGUUAAUUGUGAAUAUUUGUAAUUGAUUUGUCCUGAAAGAAGUGUUCCGUUAAAGAUGAAAAUGAACAUUUUUUUAAAUGAAAUCUGUUAUUAACGGAGUCCACUGGACUACAAAACAGAUUCUGCUCUGGACUUUCAGUUGUCCACCCAAACUUCUUCCCGGCCGAACGCAUACCAUCAGUUCAAAUCAGAAAGUGGAAGUGCUGUUCAGUCUUUAUCCCAGCAGCCUUAUAAAGAUCUGUAAUACUGUUAUGUCAUUUGCAGGACCUCUUUAGACCAGUGCAAUGUAACUUUUUUUUUUUUUUUUUUUUUUUUUGCAACUGGACGUGUGUCUGUGAAUGUGAUUACACACUUGUGAGAAUCUCAUGAAUUACAAAGCACAAGAUACCUGAGAGAAAACAACCUCAGUUUAGUGUCAAUAUCACUUAUAUCUUCUGGCACACAUUAUUUUCUACAUCACACUCCAAUUUAUAUGUUUAUAAAAUAACAUUAUUUCAUGUUAUAAUAAAGAUAAUCAUUCUAGA